AUGUUCAUUCAGACGCAAACGACGCCGAAUCCGAUGAGCCUGAUGUUUCAGCCCGGGCGCGAGGUGUACGCGGAGGGGUCGAAGAAUUUUUCAAACGCGAGGGAAGCGAUGGCGAGCCCGCUGGCGAAGCGGUUGUUCGCGAUCGAAGGCGUCACGAAUGUCUUCUUCGGGAUCGACUUCGUGACGGUGACGAAGGGCGAAGACGCGGAGUGGGAGACGGUGAAACCGCAGACGUUUGAGGCGAUUACGAACUUUUACGCGAGCGGAGAGACGGUGAUGGACGAGGAGAAAUUGGCGGCGAGCGGGACGGCGAUCGCGGAGGACGACGAUGAAAUCGUGGCGAUGAUCAAGGAACUCCUCGAGACGAGGAUUCGACCGGCGGUGGCGGAAGACGGGGGAGACAUCGUGUUCAAGGCGUUCGAUCCCGAGAGCGGGCUCGUGACGGUGCAGUUGCAAGGCUCUUGCGACGGGUGCCCUUCGUCGAGCGUGACGCUGAAGAGUGGGAUCGAAAAUAUGCUGAUGCACUACGUGCCCGAAGUCAAGGGCGUGGUGCAGGCUGGGCAAGACGACGGCGAGAUGGAUUUGCUCGACUUGGCGGAUUUGCAUCGAGGGCGAAAGUAG